GCCGCCAUAUUGGCUGUUGUCCUGUGAGGGGAGCGGCGGCGGUGAAGGCGGCGGCGGCGCGAGGGGAGCCAGCGAGCGGCGGAGCGGCGCGGAAGGCGGCAUGACGCGGAGGCGGAGCAGGCCGAGCGGCGGCGCGGGCCGGCGGGAGCGGGCGCGGGCCGCGGGGCUGCAGAAGCCCCAGGCGCCCGAGCCGCAGCCGCCGCCGAGCCUGGAAGCGGGAGCGGGUGCAGGGCCCCCGGAGGCGCCUGCCGAGCGGGAUCGCGACAGCCCCAGGGAGGAGGACGAGCCCAAGCUGGCUCCAGGCCCUCAGGUUCCCCCCACCUCCAGUCAGUCUGUGCAGACUUGUUGCCUGCUGUGUCACCGCGAGCGCAAAGGCUGGGAAGAAGGCCCUUCACAAAAUGGACUGGUGUUGCAGGGUGAGAAGCUGCCCCCUGACUUCAUGCCAAAGCUCGUGAAGAACCUCCUAGGCGAGAUGCCUCUAUGGGUCUGCCAGAGUUGCCGAAAAAGCAUGGAGGAAGAUGAAAGGCAGACAGGUCGAGAACAUGCAGUGGCGAUUUCCUUGUCACAUACACCCUGCAAAUCACAGUCUUGUGGGGGUGACUCUCAUUCAUCCUCGUCCUCUUCUUCAUCAUCCUCAUCUUCCUCCUCUUCCUGCCAUGGCAACUCAGGGGACUGGGAUCCCAGCUCGUUCCUGUCAGCACAUAAGCUCUCAGGCCUCUGGAAUUCCCCACACUCCAGCGGGGCUGUGCCAGGUGGCUCACUUGGUAGCCCUCCUGCCAUCCCUGGUGAGGCUUUCCCUGUCUCGGAGCACCACCAGCACUCAGACCUCACUGCUCCCCCUAACAGCCCUACCGGCCAUCCCCCACAUCCAGCAUCUCUGAUUCCUUCUAACCCCGGCUCCUUCAGCUCACCGUCCCACCCACAUGUGUUGCCCUCCACCCCGGAAGCACCUUUCCCUGCCCAGGCUUCAGAGUGCCCUGUGGCUACUGCCACUGCCACCCACCCCCCAGGGCCUUGUCAGAGCCCCCAUCUGCCCUCCACCAGCAUGCCACUCCUGAAGAUGCCUCCACCAUUCUCUGGGUGCAACCACCCCUGCAGCGGGCACUGCGGUGGGCACUGCGGUGGGUCUCUCCUCCCACCACCGAGCUCGCAGCCACUCCCUAGCACUCACAGCAGGGACCCUGGGUGCAAGGGGCACAAAUUUGCACACAGUGGCCUGGCCUGUGAGGCAGAUGAGGGUCUGGGCGAGGAAGAGGAUAGCAGCUCUGAGCGCAGCUCUUGCACCUCGUCCUCCACCCACCCACGCGAUGGGAAGUUCUGUGACUGCUGCUACUGUGAGUUCUUCGGCCACAAUGCGCCACCCGCUGCCCCGACGAGUCGGAAUUAUACUGAGAUCCGGGAGAAACUCCGCUCGAGGCUGACCAGGCGGAAAGAGGAGCUGCCCAUGAAGGGGGGCGCCCUGGGCGGGAUCCCUGGGGAGCCUGCGGUGGACCACCGAGAUGUGGAUGAGCUGCUGGAAUUCAUCAACAGCACGGAGCCCAAAGUCCCCAACAGCGCCAGGGCUGCCAAGCGGGCCCGGCACAAGCUGAAAAAGAAGGAAAAAGAGAAGGCCCGGUUGGCAACAGAAGCUCUGAAGCAGGUGAAUCGUGUUUCUGGAAGCCAGGAGCUAAGACCUGCCAGGGAGAGGCUCCUAGAGUGGCCUGACCAGGAACUGGACCGGGUCAAUAACUUCUUGAGUAGCCGCUUACAGGAGAUCAAGAGCACCGUCAAAGACUCCCUCUGUGCCAGUUUCAGCAUGUGUGAGCUCAACCUGGAUAGCGGUGGCUUUAAGGAGGGGACUGUGGAACCUCAGUCCCAGACUCUACCCCCCUCAGACCUCAAUGGCUCCUCUGAGCAACAGCCUGAUAUCAACCUUGACCUGUCCCCUUUGACUUUAGGCUCCCUUCAGAGCCACACAUUACAAGCUCCAAGUGAGCCAGUCAUACCAUGGGCAGAAAGAAGAGCCCCUCACCCAGCAUGGACAGAGGUACGGGGUCCCCCUCCUGGUACCCCUGAGAAUGGGCUCGUGAGACGACUCAACACUGUGCCCAACUUGUCCCGGGUGAUCUGGGUCAAGACACCCAAGCCAGGCAACCUAAGCUCUGAGGAAAGUUCGAAGGAAGUUCCCAGUUGCAAGCAGGAACUGGCUGAGCCUGUGACCACAGUUGGGAAGCAAAGAAAGAGCAAGAAACAGGGAAAUCAAGCAAAGAAGAGUGAGGCUGGUCCGGCCCCAGGCAACCUAGAGUCGCCCAGUGCCAAGAGCCAGACAUCUAACUCCAAGCAGCCAGGCAAGGGCCCAGAGCCUGCCAAAGUGGGUAAUUGCGCAGAACCUGGAGAGGGCAGCCAGGGGAGCCGGCCAGGACCAAGUUGGGCUGACAACCCCAAAAUUGAGAAGAAGGGUAGUUCCUGGCAGAACUGGCCAGGUGAGGCCAAGGCACGGACUCUGGAGCAGGAAUCUGUGCAGACCCCAGGCCCAGCAAGGCCACAGAGCUUGUCCCAGGGCAAAGGUCGCAGCCGCCGGAGCCGCAAACAGGAGAAGUCAGCCUCCUCCUUGGACGAUGUGUUCCUGCCCAAGGACAUGGAUGGGGUGGAGAUGGAUGAGACAGACCGCGAGGUGGAGUACUUCAAGAGGUUCUGUUUGGAUUCUGCAAAGCAAACUCGUCAGAAAGUUGCUGUGAACUGGACCAACUUCAGCCUCAAGAAAACCACUCCUAGCACAGCUCAGUGAGGCAGAGACUUCAGCUGCCCUGCCAGGUCGACUUCAGGUCAUCUCAAGGCCCCAACUCAAGCUGCAGAUGUAGUUUCUCCUCCUUCCACCUGAGUUGACCCUCCCUGCUCCCACCACCCUGACCAACCAAAAGCGGAACGGAUGCCAUGCUGUGCGGGGCCUUUCAGGACCUCAGCAGAGCCGCUUCCUGGUGCUAAGCAGCCUUGACACUCAGAGCCCAGGGAUGGGCUGGCCUGUGAGCCAAGGGCUGAUGGGACUGCUGGCCCAACACUGCUCUCUUUGUGUUUGAUUUUGUUGUUUUGUUUUGUUUGUUUUGUUUUUUUAAUUCUUUACUUUUGAUACUGUGAAUAUCUUCCAUGUGGAAAGAUAAAGCAACAUUUGGACACAGAA